AUAAUGGGCUCAAACAAGGCUUAUUCUUAUUAAUCUCUCCACCUCUAUCUUUCCCAGACCAUCAAUACUGGUUGCAUUUGUCAAUUCACAUAAUAUACAGAAAUGGCUCUCUCUUACGAAAAUUUGUCACGUCUACUCACAAACCCAGAUCUUCUUUCCCAUCUGCAAGACUUAAAGCUUGAUGAAACAGAACAAACUAUUAGCUAUAAAUGGCACGGACCACAUUUUUUUGCCUUUCUCCGCUAUGCAACAAAAUUGUGCUUGUCCUCCAACUACAAGAGCGAAAGAUGCAGUUUUCUCCAUUAUGCCACAAAACUUUGUUUGUGCUUCAACAAGAAGCACGACAGAUUCAAUGAUCUGUUGAAGAAUCUUGAUGAUUCAGCCUCCAAUUGCAUCAUCUAUGGAGAGACUGAAUAUUACAAAAUAUUUUUAGAAGUCCUUCUCUCUUUCUUGCCAGAGAUUAGGGAGUUCUUCACAGUUCGAAAGCUGCUGCAGUUGUCUGAUGGCACUCCCAACGCAAAUGAAAUUUUGGCAAGCUUUAUUGGCUUUCUUGUUGAAACUAUUGGAGAAUUACUGAAUUGUUUAUCGGAUUCGAGUGAUCUGGUGAGUUAUCAAGUCAAAUUUCUUUUGACGGAGCUGGAAUCUCUGCUCAAUUUUCUUGGGGAUACUGAGCCAGAAAAGAACAACAAUAUAUUGACAGAAAUCGAAGCUGUAGCCAACGAAGCAGGAUUUUUCUUGCAUUCGUUCUUUUUCACCGCCGGUCUCGUAACCAUGACAGAAAUGGAUCUGGCAUUUUCUGCUCUGGUAAAAAGGAUUGAGAUUCUGCAAGUGAGAAUCAAAGAUCACUGCAUCGCAGCCUCAGAGGAGCUGAACUCUGGAAGUGGAAGCCUACAGGUUGCAGAAAAUCCAAGGGAAGUAUCAUCAGAAAGCGGACAAUCUGCAGAAAGCCUACAAAGGACUUCCAUGGUAGAUGAGAUAAUUGAGGGCUACGAGGACAGUACAACACAAAUUCUAAAAAAGCUUCUUGAAGGACCAUGCAACCGCCGGAUUAUCUCCAUAGUUGGGAUGGGUGGAGUUGGCAAGACGACUAUAGCUAGAAAAUUAUAUGAUAAUACCUAUGUUCACAGCUAUUUUGACAAGCUUUCUUGGUGUACUGUUUCUCAAGAUUAUAGAAAGAGAGAGCUAUUGUUAACAAUUUUGAGCUCCAUAAGUAACCUUAAACAAGAAAAACUUUUAGAAAUGGAAGAUGAAGAGCUGGCUGAACGUCUUUACAGGACUAUAAAGGGUAGAAGAUACCUCAUCGUUUUGGAUGAUAUAUGGGAUAAAAAAGCAUGGGAUGAUUUGAAAAGGUGCUUUCCAGAUGAUCGUAACGGAAGCAGAAUAUUGUUAACCAGUCGGCUGAUGCAUUUGGAUAGAGAAAUUUCAGAUGAGAACUUUGAAAUUACUCCCCUGUCAGAAGGCGAAAGUUGGGAUUUAUUUGAGAAGGAGGUGUUCAAGAAAGAACGUUGCCCUCCAGAGCUGCAAGAUAUUGGAAAGCAAAUUGUAGCAAAUUGUCAUGGGAUACCCCUUGCUGUAGUGGCGAUAGCUUCAACUCUUUCAGGAAAGAAGUCAAUGAGCUCAUGGAAGCAAGUUCUAACAAGCUUAAGUUCUUUCAUUUCCGAAGAUGCUAACAUUUCUUCCAUAUUGAAAUUAAGUUAUGAGAAUUUACCAAUUCAUUUGAAGCCAUGUUUCCUCUACUUAAGUGCAUUCCAGGAAGGUAUGGAAAUUCCAGUUCGAAAGCUAUUAUUACUAUGGAUAGCUGAAGGAUUCAUAGUCAAAAAGGAAGACAAGAACUUAGAAGACGUUGCUGAGGAGUAUCUAAUGGAGCUAAUCAGUAGGAGCUUUCUGCAAGUUGCCAAAAGAAGACCUGACAAUGGAGUAAAAGUAUGUGCUCUUCAUGAUCUAAUACUUGAUUCGUGCAGGAAAAUAGCUGAAGAAGAAAAUUUUGUAUUUCAACAUCAAUUCUUAGUAUCAAAGUAUCGCUCCCGCUUGGAGCAGUCUCAUUUUACCGAGACCUUGUCCAUUCUUCACGACCCUAAAAAAAUUAGGAUAUUGGAGUCGGCCAGUGAUCUAAGUAGAAUCGAAACUUUGACUGAGUUGAGGUACUUAGAAACGUCUUCAAAAUUAACAUCGUCAAUUGGCAGACUCCAGAACCUAGAAUUUCUUCUUGCGGGAAGGACAACUAAUAUACUACCCAGAUACCUUCUCAAUUUGCCAAAGUUGAGACAUCUUCAUGUUGGAGGCCCGGCAAGAUUCAGUAAGACUUGUGAAAUCUCCGGAACAAAUAGCCUACAAACCCUUUCUUUUAUUUGUAUUUUUGAUUCGAAAGACGAAGAAAUCUUGAAAUGUUCACCAAAUCUCCGUAGCCUGAAUUGUGCAGUUUUAGCCAAAAAGUGUCCCCGUCUCAACUUUCUUUCUCUGCUUGAAUCGCUGAAAAUAGUCUUUUACGGUAGCUUCAAAGGUGAUUUCACAGUGCCUAACUUCCCCAUGAAUAUAAAAAAGCUCACUCUUUCUAAUCUGGGUUUGCCUUGGGAAAAGAUGUCAUUAAUUGGGACAUUGCCCAAACUCGAGAUUCUGAAAUUAGAAGACGAAGCCUUCGAAGGAAAAAUCUGGAACACAAUGGAUGAUGAGUUCCAAAAGCUCAAAUUCCUUAAAUUAGAUAACCUAGAUCUUGAACAGUGGAAUUCCUCUUACAAUCAUUUCCCCGUACUUGAACAAUUGGUUUUGCGAUACUGCGAUAAUUUGGAGAUGAUUUCUUCCGAAUUGGGAUAUAUUCCAACACUUUCCAAGAUUGAGGUACAUGCUUGUGGCAUAAAUGUCGAAAAUUCAGCUAUAAAAAUUCGUGAAGAACAACUGGCAUACGGUAACGAAGAGAUUCAGGUGAUCAUCUUUAAGGAGAUUCUCUAGUAAAGAGAGUUAUGCUUCUAUUGGCCUUGACACAACCUUUUUUUUUUCCUAGCAGGAGAUUCUUUGACAUCCCACAAGGGAAAGAAAAUAUAUAUUUUCCUGGCUUCGUGUCGCUAGUGCUUGUUCUAAUCAGUUAUUUUUUUCGUAGUGUACCAGAAGUUGAGUCCUUUUUGUUGCAAGAAAAAUGAAAUAAUGGCCCGAUUGGCAACUGUACUAUUUUAUGAUGAAUUGGACGAGUGAUUGGAUCUGAAUAUCUAAGCCUAUAAUCUUUUGCCUUUUAACCUUCUUUUAUUAAUUUCUUUCUUUCUUUUUAUGUAUGUCCUUACAGUCGUACGGUACUGUUUUUUGCCAACGUAAACCAUUGCACCAAGUUCAAAUGUGAAAUGAAAUUCGGUUUCUUUCGUA